CUUCUGUCAAUGAUAUUAGCUAUCUUUGACUUGAGAUGAAUAGAGAUAAUUAGCAGAACAAUGCAAAACUACGAAUAGAUGGCAAAGAGUUAAUUCAAGAGACAGGUUUCUUGUGAAAGAGAUAACUAGGAACGUACCAGUUGCUUUCUUCCCCAAAUGCUCAGAUACUGUGAAGUGUGAACACCAGUCCUUAGCUGUCGCCUAUCUAAAGUAAUUUUUUAUGUAUCAGAUUCUCUAUCGUAUUCCGUUUUCAAUCCAAACAAAAUAAACAGUGAUAAUGUCAAGCUCAACUGUUGCAGGACGACUUGGCCUAUAGUGGAGAUUUGAGAUUUUUUUAACCAGCUAACCUUGCAAUCAGGGUUUGUCAUAAAGCGACAUCUUGUGGAAAUUUGUCAUAAAUCGACAUCUUGUGGAAAAUAGCACCCUGAAGAUAAAUUGUUCACAUACAAUCUUAUGAAUAACUUAGUAGUUAUCUAAAUAUUGCUUCUGAAUUCUCCAGCAGAUACAUCAUCAUUUCAUGGAGACAACAGGAGAAAUGGGCAGGCCAGAUAUGGAUCCAGUUAUUCAACAUUUCAGUCACCAACAUCCCUUAAAACUGCUAAAUUUUCAACCGCAAACCACCAAUACAUUUAUAUGUGCAGGUUGCAAAUUAGAGGCCUCAGGAUGGUUCUACUUUUGCAGUACUUGCAGCUACUGCCUUCAUAAAACUUGCUCCCGUAUGCCUCGAAACAUACAGCAUCAAGUUGACCGGAAACACACCCUUGUUCUCCUUUCAUCCCCUGUUUAUGCCACAGGUUCCUUCAAGUGCAAUGCCUGUGGGAAACUUGGCACAGGCUUUUGCUACCAUUGUAAAGACUGUCAGCUUGAUAUACACACUCUUUGCAUCUAUAAGCCUUCAUCAGUCAAUACUAGCACCCACCAUCACACCCUGGAACUUUGUUUCAGCCCUCCAUAUAGUAAUAAGAAAUUUCAGUGUGACAUCUGCAAGCAAUUUGGUUCAAACCACUGGCUGUACAGAUGUGGCUCCUGCAAAUAUGAUGUUCACAUGAACUGUGCCAUGUCCAACCAAUUUCAGCCUGCCACAGAGAUCCAGCAAACAAAGCAACACAUUCUGUGCCCUACUGAUAGGGCCAAUACUCAAUUCCAAUCUGUAAGAGCAAUCCAAACCCAACAAACACAUCAGGAGCAACUGCUGUGCCAGGCCAAUGGACCGCACAUUCAACUUCAACCUGUCAGAGGGGUACAACAGAGACAACAGAAUCAACUACUUUGCCACAACAUUAUAGCCAGUACCCAUCCUCAACCAGUCACAGGGAUCCAACAAACACAGGAGCAAAAACCAAAUCACAGCAAUAGUGUCAAUAUUCAAAUUCAACCUAUCAGAGCAAUUCAAGUCCAAGAAACACAUCAGGAGCAACUUCUAUGCCACACUGAUCGAGCCAACACUUAUGCUCAUCAUGUCACGGGCAUCAAACAAAUACAGCAACAGCCCCAACUGCUCGAGUCUCAAAGUUUCCCUCCCCAAUUUUCCAAAUUCAGGACUGACCUUCCAAAUUCAGGUUCAACAUUUCACCAUUUUUCUCAACCAGUCAUACCUAUACCACAUCAACAAAUCUGUGCUCCAUAUGUUCAAACUCUAAAUCCAAUACCCGAAACUGGUUCAUCAAAUUGGAAUCAACCUUACAGAGUGAAUGGUUAUAAAGCAAGUAUGCCAACCUUAGCUGUUCACCAGCAAGUUCCACAACCUAUUCAUCAAACGAUUGGUUAUACAGCAAGUAUGCCAAACUUUGCAGUAGUUCCUCUAUAUGUUCAGCCUCCUAACAUGACAAAGCAGGGCAACAAUCUCAUGGGCCAUGUGUUUCAAGAGUUAGUUGAUGGUUUCAUUCAACAAGCAGGAGGUACUAUAUUUGGAAGUGCAACCUCUGGCGACCUCCCAUUUGAUCUAGAUAUUGGUAAUUCCUGAUUGCUGAGCCAAGGAUUUGGA